AUGCGUCCUCUGGGCUUGAACUCCAGCUGGUUCAAUCCCUGGGCGCUCCUGGGACCUUCAUCGCGGAUGUCGCGGAUUCUGCGCGAUAAAGCACCAACGAAUGCGCGACUAUUCAGCUGCUCCGCGCCUAAGGGGAACUCAAAGAUAGGCGUGCCGUGGUCUCGAGAUGGCUCCUUGCGAGCAAACUCAACCGUGUCUACCCCAGGGCCACAUGAUGAUGGCCGGACGCCGAAAGAUCUGUACGAGUUGUCUCUUGGGCUUUCGCGGACUCGAAUAAACGGCAACACAGAGAUACAAUGUACGAUAUACGACGUGGAUGGGGAGGAAACUCCAGCUCAGAAAAUGAACAAGUAUGACAUCGUCAAGAGCUUUGGGUUCAGUGGUCGAGAUCUGCGAACUUUCGAUCUCCCUUCCGGUGGAUUUCCUCACAUUUUGAUCCGUGAACGGACGAUCCUCAUACAUAUUUUCGACCUCAGGCUACUGAUACAAGCCGAUCGUGUCCUUCUCAUCAAUAUCGAAGAAGCCGUUGGCAGCGAUAUCGACAAUGCAUCUCGAGUGUUCCGCCAUGACCUCAAGAGUAAACUGCUUGGGAGUCGUGGAUCAGGCGUAUCCAUCCGAUUACCUUAUGAGCUCCGAGUGGUAGAGGCAGCAUUAGCAUCUGUGACAGCGACACUUGAGGCUGAGUACUUGCUAGUCAAGAAGGAGGUGUCUGAGACACUUGCUUCCCUGGAGAAGGAGGAGCAUCCUCUGAAUUCUGAGCUUAAAACUCUUCUCGACUUGGUGCGGAAUCUCGUAGGCAUCGAGAAACGUGGCAAGCAAGUGAGGGAAGCCAUACAAGAAGUGUUGAACGAUGAUCAGGAUAUGGCCGACAUGCACCUCAGCGAUAAGAAAAACGGACUUCCCCACACAGCGGCUGAUCAUCAGGACGUUGAAUAUCUGUUCGAGGCAUACUACAAGGCUAGCGAUAGCGUGGUACAGGAAGCAGCGAGUUUGAUCAGGUAUAUUCGGCAGACAGAAGAGACCAUCCAGUCAAUUUUGAACGUCCGCCGGAACCAGAUUAUGGUCCUGGAGGCCAAAAUUGAGAUUGUCAUGGUUGGGCUAGCGACUGCGACGCUCGUGGCUGGAUAUUACGGUAUGAAUGUGGGCUCAUCUGGCGAUAUGGGAUGA